AUUCAUCAGCAUUUUUUAGGUAAAGUCCAAAAGUUCCUUUUGAAAAUAGGCGGUCUCUAACCAAAUGCAAGCAACUGGUUCAUCUCCGCCGUGGGACAUUCAGCUAUUGUGCGUGUUGGGGAGGGAACUCGAAAGUCUCAGCGUUGUUAUACUUCAAUGAAAGGACGCGGAAGUAAACAGUCUUUAACGGAUUUGUUUUGUUUAACCUUUAUGAUUUUACGAAUAUGACGUUUUCCUUUUGAUGCGAAUUUGCGAAAUUUUGACUGAAAUUAUGAUCUAGUUGGCAAAGCCCUGCCUGGCUGCGUAAAUUUCCCGACCUCUUGUGACUGUCAACGCGUGGCUCUUUACAUGAGAUAAAGACCGACUGCAGUCCUUCUGCCUCCCUAUUCCAACUCUUUGACCCUUCCACCUCUCGCCAUGGAAGCCAGAGGAAAGUACGAGUUUAAUGCUACGGCUGAGGAUGAGCUGAGCUUCCGAAAGGGAGACAUCCUGAAAAUUCUAGGUAGUCAAGAUGAGUGGUUUAAGGCAGAGCUGCAUGGACAGGAAGGCUUUGUGCCCCAAAACUACAUCGAGAGACAAACCCCAAGCUGGUUCAAGGAGACGGCAAGCCGCAGCUCUGCUGAGGAGCUCCUGAUGUCUAGGGAGGUGGGGGGAUUCCUGAUCCGUGGCAGUCAGAGCUCCCCUGGAGAAUUCUCCAUCUCUGUCAGACAUGAGUUUGACGUGCAGCAUUUCAAAGUGAUGAAGGACAGCAAAGGCCACUACUUCCUUUGGUCAGAGAAGUUCACUUCCCUCAACAAGCUGGUGGACUUCUACAAGAACACCUCCAUCUCCAAGCAACGGGACAUCUACCUCAGAGACGGUAGCCGGGAUGACCAGAGCCCAUCCGCACCCCAACCGUUGAAGAGGGGGAGUCUACCUGAGGAUAGGAGCUAUGGGGCCCCUACUGCAGCCACGUCACACCGCAGGGCCUCAGACCUUCCUCAUAGUCAGCAGAGUAAGAGACCUGGGAUGGAGGAGAGGGCUCACACCAUAGGCACCCCUGGUAGAAACACCCCCCUAACCUCUCUCCCAGCCCCCCAAAGGACAUCUGAAACCAUAACUCAUCCACAGAGGGCAGUCAUGCAGGUGAAAGCAGUGUACGACUUCACAGCGGAGGAAGGGGACGAGCUAGGCUUCCGUGCAGGUGAUGUCAUUGACAUUUUGGAUCACUCUGAUCCAUCGUGGUGGAAAGGAAGAUUGCGGGGUAAAAGUGGUCUGUUCCCUGCCAACUAUACCACACCAUUAUGAGGAAAGCUUAGAGAGAGAAUCAUCAAGGUGCCUUGUGAGCUGGGCAUAAUAAUAAAAUACUAGCAAUCUUCUUUUUCCCCCCAAUAAUGUCUCUGCAUGAGACCCCACAACUGGUUUACAAUAAUGGACUAUUCCACCUUGACAGAGUUCCCAUGCAUUGUUUCACGUGAUCUGACUUCACAUUUGACUUUCAUUGUAAUUAAGCUGUAUCAAUGAGGUGCUUGCACAGCGGGGCAGAGAAAUGUGCAAUUAACGCAACCAGUGAAAAUAAAAAGAAAGAAAGAAGGUUUAACAGAAAAAUGUUGUAAGUUAAUGCAUUUCUUUAGUCAAAAGACAAGUGCUGCUUGUAAUACUGACAUUGUCAUCGAGGCAGAAGACAUGUAUGUGUAGACAAUUUAUCUGAUGCAAUCUGGCCAAACAGAGUAUGGCAUGUCAUACGCUUUUUGGCCAGACAGAAUCAGAUACAUUGGAACCAUAUAGAAAGACAGAGGGGCGUUUUUUGGCUCACUAGGAUAAUCAGAUAAUCUCCAGUGAGAUAGUUUGUCACUUGCAAAUUGAAGGAACUUUGUUUGGAUGUUACUUUAAGAAGUGAUUGUUUGACAAUCAGAUGAAAACAUCAUGACUUGUUGUGUUCAUUUUAAUCCCAGCCCCCGCCCCCACAGGAGGCCUUUUGCCUUUUGGUAGGCCGUCAUUGUAAAUAACAAUUUGUUCUUAACUGACUUGCCUAGUUAAAUAAAGGUUACAGGUUAAACAAAAAUGGCACAUUAAAAGGUAAUUUCUUUUUACAGUUAAAUGAUGUCUUUACUAUAAAACCCAUAACAAAAUGUUAUGCACCCAAAUCACUAAGUCCACCCCUGUUUAUAAGGGAAGUUCCACAACCCAACUACAGUGUGAUAUCCAUUGGAGGUUGAAAACUGGGAGCUAUGCUGCCACACAUUUACUGUAUGGUACUACACUGUAUUGCUACUUUUUUGUAUUGUUUGUAGUGCUUGCUUUUAAUUGUGAGGUCUCCAUAGCAAAUUAUGUCUUGUUAGUGAACUACCAAAUUUACAAUGUCAGUUUGGGUAUGCUUGUCAUCUGUCUAAAUUAAAACAAUGAUGUAUAUAAACCCUGGCUUGCUGAUGCUAUGUAUUGGCCAAUGAUAUGCUUUGAAGCCACCGGUCGGCCAUAUUGUCACUCCUCAAAAGCAGUCUUCCAUAGGAAUUCAUGGAAUUCUUCAGUAUUUAAUUUAAAUGUUUUUAGGACAAAAUGACAUGUAUUUAAAUAUUUUUUGUUGUAGUUGGGACAGUAUUUUCAAAAGAUUACUCUAAUGAUCUGACACUGAGAACUAUAUUCCUGACCUGCAGUGUUGGGUGAUAGUGAACUACAUGUAAUUCAACUACAUUUUGCAGUAGCUCAGUGGUAGUUGAACUAAAUUCAAUCUAGGUAGUGUUUUCAGUAGUUUUUUUGUUUGUUUUUGCAAUGUAACGUUGCAGUAACUACUGAAAAUACACACAACUUUUUAUUUCAAAUAAAGUAAAAUAUGUGUGAA